UGCGCGUGUGGAGCAGUGGACUGUCUCUAUCUGGGCUGCAUGAAGAACACAUUCAAUAUGCUGCAAGAGGCUGCAAACUGAUUCUCCAAAGAAAAAUAAAAAAGAACACAGGCUCCAACAUUAUUCAUUCAAGGUGUACAGCAUGAUGAGUGUAAGCAGAUGAAAGCAAGUAAUGCGUGUGUGUUAGAUCACACCUCCCUCUCUCUCCUGUGCCCUUCUUUUCUUCAUGAGGACAGAGAGAUGAUCAUGCGAGGCCACUGGUCCUCCAACACCCUGGCCGUCAUCUUUCUCCUGCUCUCCACUGCAGCUCUUUCAGCACACUUUAGAGUUUGCGAACCCUACUCUGACCACAAAGGGCGCUAUCACUUCGGCUUUCACUGCCCUCGGCUCUCUGACAACAAGACCUACAUGUUCUGCUGUCACCACAACAACACAGCCUUCAAGUACUGCUGCAACGAGACCGAGUUCCAGCUCAUCAUGCAGCUCAACCUCACCACCCCCUCUGAUGGUUUCACUCACAAUAAUUACACCGCUCUCAUUGGUGUGUGGGUUUAUGGUUUCUUCGUCAUGGUUCUGCUGGCUUUGGACUUCUUAUACUAUUCAGCCAUGAACUAUGAGGUGUGCCGUGUCUAUCUGGAGAAAUGGGGACUGGGUGGCCGAUGGCUGAAACAGGCAAGGAGUCAGUGGCACAGUUCUGCUACAGCACAGGAGGGAGAGCCAAGCUCAGGGACGAGUCUGAGCCAUGGCCCUCACCAACAACAUCAUCCCAGACAGAGUUUAAGAGGAGAGGUGGAGAGUCCUACCCUCCUGACCUUCCAGACCUCUACAGCAUGAUACUUGAAGCUUGACCCAUUAGGAUGUACUGUGCUUAAAGGGCAGCAGAAACCACGGAGAAAUAGCCACAGACAGCUCACUGACGUUUCACAGAGUGAAUCUCUGGGUUUAUCUACCUUUUCGUGAUGUGGAUUUUUUUUUCUCCACUGUGAUGUUCAGUGAGGAAACCUACUUAGCAUAGUCGUCUGAUCACCUGAUUUCUAUCUGCGCUACAGGACACGCACCAUCCCUGACCAUUCAACCGCAAAGCAUCCUGUUGUAAAUGGCUGCCUGCGUCAAGGGAACAAUGCUCUUAUAGUGUACUACUCACAGCACAUGGUGAGAAGGACAUCAGAGUUUUGAGACUGCGGUAAACACAAAGCAAACUCGAGAUACUGAAUGUUCCCGGAUGCUUCUCAGCAGGAAAGAUAUUUUAUUUAUUCAACGUGUGUACUGGCACUGUAGUGCUUUUUAAGUUCAAGGACUUUGUCAAGGAAUGUGAAAUUCAAGAUUUAACCGGACAAAACCAAAAAAAGCAUAUUGUUCAUCUGAGA